GCAGCGGGCGUUUGUUGGUGUCGGUGAGGGGAGGCGGGGGGUGAAACGCGGAGCCGGAAUUGGCCUCUUCGAGUCGGCUGCGGGUUCGCGGCGGCGACGAUGAUCACAUGAGGGCGGAGAGGGACUGACCUAUCGGAGCCCGGGGACAGAGAGCGCGGGGCCUCGGACUCGGUUCUGCAUUAUCAACUGUGAGUAAAAGAUGGGACGGAGGAAAUUACCUGCAACUGCAGCAGCCCCAGAUCAGGAUCAAGACUUUGGUGGUGAGGAGAGGACCAACCACAUUAAGCUGCAGAGAAAGCAACUUCCUUCAGUUCAGAAAGGUGGAGAAGGUGAACAAGAAUGUGCUGAUAAUGGGGUUUUGGCUGCAACAACAACUGAUCAAGUUGAUUGGUGUCCUAUCUGCCUCAACCACUUUGUGGACCAAGAAGUAGCUGUUCCUGAGAGCUGCUGUCACAUUUUUUGCCUGAGAUGCAUUCUUGCUUGGGCUGAAAAAAGAAACUGCUGCCCAAUAGACCGUAAGCCUUUCAGUCUGGUUUACAAACAAGUCAACAUAAAGGGUAAUGUAAAGAUUCCCAUCAAGCAGAGCUUCAGUAAAAAUUCACAAGAACAGCAGCCAUGCAGCAAUGAAGAGCAUUGUCACAGUAUUGCAGGAGGAAGCGUUGCCUUCAAUGAUGGGUUUUGCACAUGCUUAAAGGAAAAGUGUGAAAGAUGCUGUGCUGCUUGGCAACAAACAGAUUUUUGUGAAAUACAAAGCAUAUUUGUCACGGGCUGUGAAAAAAGGAAUAGGACUUCCAAGAAGAAUAAAAAUAAGAUCAACAGAAAAGCAUGUUACCAGCCAUGUGUCAGGAAUGAUCUGAACAGUUUCACUCCACAAUAUGGGAAGUCAGAAAUGUCUAAUUUCGAAACUGAAAUAUGCACAGAUUAUGUUGACAUGUGUGAAAUUACACCACUAAUCAGACAGAAGAGAAGAGGACCAGAAUCAAAUCGACCCCGGUGGCGUCUUGCUUCCACUGUUCUUACAACAGGAAUGUCGAGAUACGGGGUAGACUCCAUUUCUGUUGAAUAUGAUGAAGCAGCAACUGCUCUCCCACAGCAAGAUCUGAUGUCAGAAACUGUGUUUCCGUCAAAUCCAUUUGCACUGGGACGUUCUGUUUAUUUUCCUGGCAAGGUGUGUGCACUUGCUGGAACCAGAGGAGGUGGAGAGAAAAAGAAUCUGUCCGGGGCAUCAGGUAGUACUAAUGCAGGGAAUAAUGAAACAACACCAGGCAGAAGAAGAUCAAUGCGUAUCAGUAAUGCAGAAAAAUUGGAUAAAUCUGCCAGCUCCACUCAGCGUUCACAGUCAAACUCAGGUGCCUCAGUUCCUACAACAUCCCCAGAAUGUGCAAGAACGCCACCUAAAAGGGGUGGAAAGCAAAAAUCAAAAAGGAAACUGGAGACCGAACAAAAUAAGACUCCCCCUGAUAAAAAGAAGACCAGAGUUACUCGUAGUUCCUAUAAGAAAUCAAGUUCUAGUAGUUCAGACCCAAAUGAUAGUCCUUUUGUCAGUGAAACUGAAUAUCAACCUCAACCCCCUCCCUCUGCUGAAGAGCCAUUGAGCAAUCUGGAUAAUAGUGAUGCAAGCCAUUCAUCAUCUAAUGACUGUGGUGAUCGCAAUCCUUCAGUGGAGAAGGAUAAUGAUGAAGAGGAGAAUGACAAACGGCAAGACCAUGUAGAAAAUAAAAAUUCACCAGUCAGUGAAGAAGACUGUGCACCAAACAUUGACCAGAUCAAUAUUGAAGUCUCAGGAAUCUCCAAUCUUCCACCAACUACUGAUGAUAAAAAUUGUGUGGAACCUAACUCAGGUAAUUCAGCAGAAAACAAUGACAAGGAGUUUAUUGAAAAGGAACAGAGUAGUUCAAAAAAUGGAAUUUAUUCUCUCAGUGAAGAUGUAACUUGUUUCGAUGUGACUAAUAGUGAUCAAGGCAUUGGUCAAAUAAAAUAUCUAGAGAGUCCAUCAAAAGAAGAUAUUACUGAUGUGGAAAAGAAGGCACUUGUCGAUGAUCAAAAUUCUGAACACUCUAAAGUAAUAGAAUUCAGGGAAAGAAUGAACAAUACUUGUGAGGAUGAUACUGGAAAGCAGUCAGUUAUUGAAAAUCCAGAAAAAUGUGUUGAAGGUAUCCAACCCAAGGGUAAAAUGUCUUCAGGAAGUGUUAAUUCUGAGCAGUUAGAAAAAACAGAUUCUGUAAAAGUUGAAGAGGAUCUAGAUGAAGCUCACUAUACAGCUGAUUGUGGAAGUGCUGUUACUACAGAAUCACUUAUUGAAAUUCCUGGAAAAUUCAUGGAUAAUAGUGAUCUGGUGAGGGAAGUGUCUUUGGAGAAUAUCAAACCUGAGAUGUUUAAAAAAAUGGGAUCUCUGAAAAAGUUGAGUGCUAAAGAAACAUCUGAUUCUCAAAGAGUUACUCCUGAAACAUUUAUGGAGGACAACGAUCCAGAAAGUGAAGUCUUGCAGAAUAUAAAACUGGAGAGAUCUGAUACAGAUUCUAUGGAAGUUUUAGCUCUUCAUGAGCAAAAAUCUGAUUGUAAGGAUGGUAUCGGUCAACAGUCAUCAGUUGAAGAGCCUCAUAAAUUUGUGGAGAAUGACAAUGUGAAAAGUGAAAUCAGCUCAGGGAAUAUUGAACCUCAACAAUUUGAGAUGAACCAGGAGCAAGUUUUAAGUAAGCCAUCACAGGCAGCUGAUUGGAAAAAUGCUAUUAUUCACCAGUCAUCUGAUGAAAUUCCUGGUAAAAUUACAGAAGAUAAAAGUCUGAAAAGUGGAAUCUUCAGUGAAUCUGAUUUCAAUCAAGUGACUUCAGAGACACAAGACACCAAUAAUGAUAAAAGAACCAAAUCUGAGAUGUUAAUUGAUGGGACUGGCUGUGGUGGUGCUGAGGACUUUAAUUUGGAUAACAAUGAAGUAGUGGCUAUGGAAUGUGAUUCACCCAUCAAUGACCAUCAAGUGUCUGUAGCAGAACUUGAUUCUCAAAAAGCAUCAGAAGAAAAUGUAGAAAGUUCUGCUUUGUCCUGUGAUCCUAGUCACAAUGUAUUGCUGCCAGAUGUCACUUUUGAAAAUACCAAUAAUGAAAACACAGGGCAAGGACCUCCUGAAAUUGAACUUAAGAAAAUAGCAGAGCAGAAAGGAAAAGAUGCACCACGUCGCAAAUCUAGGUUUCAUGCAGCAUCGACAACCUGGUCCCCAGAAAAAGAAAGAAAACGUGAACGGAAAAGAUCCAGGUCCAAGUCCCAGGGACGAUCUGGAUCUGGGUCCAGCUCUCAGCCACAAGUAAGGUCUAGUUCCAGACCACGGGGAAGAUCCAGUUCCAGGUCACAAGGGAGGUCUGAAUCUAGGUCACGAGGGAAGUCCAGAUCCAAGUCGCGAGGUAGAUCCAGGUCCAGAUCCUUAUCGCAUGGAAAGUCCAGAUCCAGGUCCCGAGGACGAUCCAGGUCCCGAGGACGAUCCAGGUCCCGAGGACGAUCCAAGUCCCGAGGAAGAUCAAGAUCCAGGUCCAGGUCCAGAUCACGAGAAAGAUCCAAAUCGCGUGGAAGGUCCAGGUCCAGGUCACCAGGAAGAUCACCAGGAAGACCCAGGUCUUUGUGUAAAGACCAUCAUGGUCAUUUGGACAGACCUUUGCAUGAAAGAAAUCGCUUGAAAGGAGAAGACAGUGACCGAAGCAACCAAGCCUCUCCGUCCUCUAGGAAAAGGUCCAGGUCUCCCAGCAAAGAGAGAGAUAAAGAAGAACUUGCAAGUGAAGUUGACAAGAGGAGCACUGAAGCAGAUAGAGGAAGAAAAGAUAGACCACGCUCGAGGUCAAGAUCUAGAUCCAGAAAACGAUAUUAUUCUGGAGACAAAGAAGAGAAAGCUGGUUUUUCUCCAGGCAGAAGAGAUAGGUACAUUGAUGACAGCUGGAGAAAUAUUCGCGGAAAGGAUAGACCCAGAAUGAAUGACUGGGAAAGACCAAGAGGUUAUGAUAGAUUCAGAAAAAAUAGUAGGAGUAGAGAAUUUCCACAGGCUAACAGAUAUCCAGAUGAACAGUCAGCUAUAAGUACUGAAUAUAUAGAUGACCGGAAUCCUGAAUGGGUAGUGGAACAAGUGCAAGCCUCUUCAGAUGUCAAUAUGAGAGAAAAUGACUACAGGAAUGAUUCUAAAUGGGAAGAAAAUAGAUAUGAAAGAGAUGACUCUUGGGGUAAUAGGAACUUUGGUUGGAAACGUGGUCGUGGACGUUUCCGGGGAGGCUCCUUUCAUGGUGACCAAAGUGAAAUGCCAUGGCAGAACCGAAGGUCAAAUUUCUCAGGCGAGCAAAAUAAUUCAGGGAAAUUUCAAGGAACUGGACCCCGUCGGUAUAAUGACCAUCAACAAAAUAGGUGGCGAGGUGAAUCAAAUACAUCUUCAGAGGCCCGUGACCGUUCUGGAUGGUCAUCGUUCUCCAGUUGGAACGCAAGGAAAACUCUGCCAGCCGAUGUCCAAAAUUACUACGCCAAUAGGGGAAGACAGGCUUCAAGCACGCAAUCGAGCUGGAGAGGAGCUGAUGAGGAACAGUACCAGGCUUCAACAGAGCAAGAUUCAUCGCAUGGAGUGCCAGGAUUUAAUGACCAAGCAAAUCAGCAAAUGAAUGGUUCUCAGCAGCCAGUUAAUAUAAUGCACCCACCUGUUCUACCCCAGCCAAUGAAUGCACCUCCCCAGCCAAUGAAUGCACCUCCCCAGCCAAUGAAUGUCUUUCCAUUUCCAAUGAGCGUCCACCCACCACCCCCACUAAUGCAUUUCCAUCCAUACAUCCACCCUCCUCCACCACUGAAUGUGCACGCAGGAAUCCCUGCUGUGCAACCAACAGGAGCUGGAAACCUGCCUAACAGCCCGCCUCCACCACCACCUCCACCUCCACCAGCCCAAUCGGUGAACUAUGCGAUUCAGCAACACGACAUGGCACAACCUCAAAUCAUCCAUCCUCCAUGUAGCGUUCCAGAGGUGGAUGUGCAGAGUAGUGCUGCCACUGUACCCAGUACAUGUGGAGAAUCCAGCAAAGCCAUGCAGCUUCCACUUUCUAUAGAUGUCUCUCCUUCAACCUUUCAGUCUGUCCAACAAGUCUUUGCAUCGCUUUCAACUUCAAAGUCUACAGUGGAAAAAGAAAGCUUGAAGGAAGAAUUUGAAACAGAAAAGCCCAAAAAGGACAAGGCAAGUCCUGCAGACUCGAAAUGUACAAUUCAAGAAAGGGCUGUGGAAGAAGUGAAACUAGCCAUCAAGCCUUAUUACCAAAAGAAGGAGAUUACCAAGGAUGAAUAUAAAGAAAUUGUCCGCAAGGCUGUUGAUAAGGUUUGCCACAGUAAGAGUGGUGAAGUCAUCCCAGGAAAAGUAGCCAAUUUGGUAAAAGCUUACGUAGAAAAAUAUAAACAUGCCAGGAAAGGGAACCCAAAGCAAAAUCCUGAGGAAUGCAGUAUCAUUGGGAACAAAUCUUUUUAAAUGAUAAAAACAUGUAGCUGAUUGGUUACCAGUGUUAACAUGAGCCCAAAAUAGAAUGAUGAGUAGGAACUUUGUUAUCUAUUGGUUCAUUUUCUCUUCCUUGCAAAAGAUUAGGUGUUUUUCUAAAAUUGAAGCAUUUGAGACAACACAAUAACGUGAAAUGAAAGCAUGCUGUCGUUAGUUAUUUGGAGUUGUAAGGAUACUGAAUAUGAUCUGUCCUGGCCCCUCAUGUGGGUUGUCACUAGAUCAGUUGUAUAAAAUGUGAUAUUUGUUAGAUGAUUUCCUAAUGUAUCAAAUUAUUUCUUGAUGAAUUUUUUUUUUGUUAACUCUAGUUAGGUGUUUUUGUAAACUGUUUGUAUGCUGUACAAAAGCUUCCAGGUUUAACUGGAAGGAUCUGGAUCAUGUAGAAGCACUAAAGCCUGGCAUCUGAGGCUGAUCAGCUGUUUUAGUGCGUAUAGGGUCUAAACAAAGAUGAUUGCUUAACUCUUCUAGGACUGUUGCUCAGUGGGAAAAUGUUUGAUAAAAGAUUUGAUUCUAUAGUUUCAUUUUUGAGAAAAACAGAAAAGAAUGGUUAAAAAUGUCAGGCGUAUUCUGUAAUACUUGCCCAACACAGCAAAAUAAAUUUUCUGCUGCUUGUCAAACUAGUUUCUGGGUCUUGAUGGACACAUUAUGGAUUUAAAUAUAUUCAAGUUCAGAUAGCAAAUCUGUAUUUUUACUUCAAAUGUAAUAUCCUUUGUAAAAGUUGACUUAUUUUUGAUUAUUCUGUUGAUAAUGAUAUAGUAAUACAUUCUGCUUAUGGUAAUUAUUUCAUCUUUGGUGCUGACCUUUUCAGAUAAUUUAACAAAUCAUGGCAAUAGACAAGUUACCAGCAGAGAACUUACAAUGGAAAUGUCUAUAUAUAGCUUGAGGUCUUUAUUAUUGAGUGAAUAUUGAGUGAAAUGUAUUUUUUUUUUCGAUGUUUCCAAAGGCUUGCAUACUGAAUUUUACAGUGCUUAAUCAUAUUUGUGUAUUGGAACUAAUAAUUAUGUCGAACAACA